GAGAAGAAAGGAUCAGAUUUGACUCAUCAAAAAAUUGACCAGGAGAGUGACACAGAAGGAAUGGAUGAGGACUCUGUGAGUGACCACAGUUAUGAUUCCAGCGCAGAAGAAAUGUUUUUGGAAGGAAAAGAUCCACUUUUAGACCAUGGCACUGAUUCCGACUGGGAGCCCCCAGCGCCAACUUGUUCAUCCAGCUGGACCCCUGCUGUCUCUGGGCCAUCUACAGGUGUGAAGGCACCGACAAAGAAGCGGAAGAGGGGAAGUGUGCCACCUGCUAACAAAGGGACAGAAGGGCGUUGGCACACUGUCCUAGAAGAUGAUGUGGAGCCACGCCAACCAACUUUUCGGCCGAAAAGGAAGCCAGGACCUCAGGUGAACUCGACCACAACUUACAGCCCCCUUCAGCUUUUUCAGUUGUUUUUCACACAAUCCGUUGUAGAUUCGCUUGUGUCUAACACGAAUAAGUAUGGGAAGAAGAAGCAGGCAGGCAAAAAGGUAGCAUGGAAGCCCAUAUCCAUGUCAGACUUUUUCUGCUACCUUUCACUGGUCAUCUACAUGGGGCUGGUGAAGCUGAAAAGCCUGACGGACUACUGGAAAACGUCAUCACUCUACCAACUGCCUUUCCCCAUGACUGUUAUGUCCUGCAAAAGGUUUCUGGUUCUUUCACAGGCGCUUCAUAUCAGUGACCCAAAGGUUGAUGAAGAGAAUGACAAGAAGAGGCACAGCAACGUUUGA